AUGCAGAUCAACUUCAGUGGACUCAGGGCCCUGGUGACUGGUGCAGGGAAAGGGAUUGGAAGGGAUACAGUGAAAGCGCUGCAUGAUUCGGGGGCCAAGGUGGUAGCUGUGAGCAGAACUAAAGAGGACCUAGUCAGCCUUUCCAAGGAGCAUCCAGGAUUAGAGCCAGUCUGCUUGGACCUGGGAGAUUGGGAGGCCACCGAACGUGCUCUGGGAAACAUAGGCCCCAUAGACCUAUUGGUCAACAAUGCAGCUGUACUUCUGCCCGAGCCCUUUUUGGAGGUCUCCAAGGAAGCUUUUGACAGGACCAUCAAUGUGAACCUUCGAUCGGUGAUCCAGGUGUCCCAGAUGGUUGCCAGAGGGAUGAUUGCUCGAGGGGUCUCAGGAUCCAUUGUCAACGUCUCCAGCAUAGUAGCUCGGGCCCCAGUUGCCAACUUGACCAGCUACAGUUCCACAAAAGGUGCAAUGGACAUGCUGACCAAGAUCAUGGCUCUGGAGCUUGGGCCACACCAGAUCCGGGUAAAUACAGUGAAUCCCACAGUGGUCCUCACUAACAUGGGGAAACAGGUCGUUGCUUAUCCAGAACUUGCUAAAAGCAUAAAGGAACGCACUCCCCUGAAGAAGUUUGCAGAGGUGGAGGACGUGGUUUACAGCAUCCUCUUUCUUCUGAGUGACAAGAGUGCCAUGACCAAUGGCUUAGGCAUCGUGGUUGAUGGCGGGUACCUGGCCUGCUAGACUCCAAUAGGGGGGGUCCCCCAGAGGUUAGAGCAGAGAGUGGAAAUUCUGUUUCAUUCCCACCUACCCUCCUAACUAUAGUCCCUGUAAAGCCCCUUACUCCCCCAUUUUCCCUCUUCUACUCAAUCAUCAAUCCUUCCCAAACCACCUAGCUCUUAGUGAUCUGGGCUCUUGUGGGAUGUGUGUGUAAGGGAUUGGACAAGGAGCAGAGAGGGAGUGGAAUUACUGAAGAAUGUGGGGAGAAGACGUCAUCAUAAUGGAGCCAAAAACUGGCAGUAUGGAAUACCUAAUGCUGGACCUGCCAUUAUGGCCCAGAGUAUUGAGAAGUGAUCUAUUUCAAUCCCCUCAUUUUAUAGGUGAGAAAAUGGAGGUCUAGGUGGGUUAAACCCAUUGCCCCAAACCACUUAGGUAUAAGCAUUUCAACAUAGGUCCUCUGAUUCCAGAUCCAGGGUUCUUUCUGCUUUGCCAGGCUGCCGAGGGAGAGAGGCACUCUGCACAGGUUCCAUCCAAAGUUCAUCUUGGGUAUUCCCUACCUUGGUCCUAUUCUAAGAUUAGACUAAUCUGGGCCUUUGGGUGGCAUGUUCUCAGGGAGGUAAUGCAUGGUAGGCACACACCCCUGCUCCUAGCUCUCAGCUUCUAUUUCCCACAACCCCACCUACCUACUGUGCCCUACCCAAACUAAACAAAAAGGUCCCACCCUCUUGCAGCUUCUAAUCAUCCCCUGGGAAUAGUAGCCUCUUGGCUUUCUCAGAAAACUCAGCAUUGCAAUCCCACCUGCACUCCUCUCCCCAGUACUCUAAUGGAUAAAUCUCAGAGAAUGCUCAAAACUCUACCUUUAAUCCCCUUGGCUCUCACACACCUGUAUUUCUUCUGGGAAGCAAAUCCUGCUCUCUUUUUACCCCAUUUUCCCCUCCCACUCUCCUCACCCAACCUGUGCUGGAUUUGGGAACAGUGGAUUCCAUCUUGAUUCUAAUCCUGGCUCUGGCUUUUAGUGCCUGCUCUGGGAAAGUCACCACCUCUCUGGGCCACAUUUUCCUCAUCUAUAAAAUGAAAUGGUCUCUAAGCUCGCUUUCUGUCUCUAAAUCUAGAAGCCUACGAACCAGAGGGUCCAAAUCCAUAAUACAGCAGUGGGGAGGGACAAAGAUAUUUCUCUCUAGCUACUAACUCCUUCUGCUAAGGACCUCCAAUGUUCACUGAAGACAGU